GUAGACGAACAAAACUAGUAGGACAUUAUUUAGAAUUUUUUGUACACGUCUAAUUUUAUAGGAAUAAGUAUCAAAUUGAAAUACACAACGUUCAAUCUGUACAAUCAUGUUGGUUGGUAGGUCCGUUGAUAUAAAAAACACCUACCUAUUUAAAUUUUAAUUUUUUUAUCAGUUGUUAAUAUAGAUAGUGUAGUUAGUAAUUGAGUUAUCUUCAGGAAAAGAACUAUUUGGUUCAGUAUUUCGCGAGUAGGUGAAAGUAUCUUAAUGAGACGGAUCACUUAACACCAGAUAAACUCUUCAAACAACCAGUUUUUGAAUGCUCAACUAUAAUUUGUUAUUUUAAAUGUCUUAAUGGCUCAUGUGAAUACAAGUGUGGCUGGCAAGUGUGAAAGAUUACAAAAAGAUCUUCUGAACUCUGUGAAACAAUGUCAAAAACGGUUUGGCAGUUCUUCCGAAAUAGCGACGGAAUCUGAUCAGGAAGUCUCUAACUUGUGUCAUUGCUUUGAAGCCAUAUUGAGUCAUGGAUUGAAAUCAAUUAAUACAGCGGACAGAAGUUCAUUAUUGAAACGGCAAGUGACAAAAAUCGUUACUGGUCUUUCAGAUGGAGACAAAAGUUUAAAUCGCCUUAUUCCAUUUUGGUGCUUUGUUAAAGAAAUAUUAAACGAGCCAGAAAUACAACGAUUUGAAUUGUUAACAAACAUCAAAAAUGAUUACGGUCGAGGUAAAGCUUGGUUAAGAGCAUCCAUUAAUGAAAGAUGCUUGGAAAAAUACAUGCAAUUAUGUAUUAAUAAUGAAAAUCUAAUCAAUCGAUUUUAUGAAAAAUGGGCUUUUAUGUGUAACACAGAAAAAAAUUCAAUAUUGCCCAUUACUGCUGCUGGUUUAUCAUCAAUAGUAUUUGCCUUGACAAUAGAUAAAGUUGAAUUCAAUAAAGAUGCCUUAGAUUUCACAUUUAAUGAACCAAUAAUUUAUGGAGAUACAAAUUUAAUAUUAAAAAAGGAAAAUAGUGGAAAAGUAAAAAAAAUAAAAGCAAAUGUAAUAAAUUUUGAUCAAAGUGAAGAUGAUAUUCAAACAGCCGAAGAAGUAAAAUCAGACAAUGAUGUUCUAUUAGCUGCUGGUGAUGAAGCUGCAGCUAUGUCAAUAACUUCGUAUGAUUCGAUUACUGGUUAUUUUAUUGGAGAGUUUGAAGAUUUGCCAUCAACUGAAAAAGAGCUGGAAAAUAGGUUAAAAAAAUUAAGUACAAUCAAUGAAAAUCCUGAUUCUUAUGAAGUUUUUGUGCCUGUAUCUUCAUUAAGUCCUCCUUGUGACACAGAUGAUGAAAGUAAAUCAAUUUGUUCCAAUGAAGAUAGUAACAGUUUACAUAGAUUUGACGAAUCAAGAGAUCAAUUGUUAAUUUUGGAAAAACAAUAUCAGGGAAACAUAAAUGAACUUACAGCUAAAAUCACUGAUUUAACUCGUGAAAACGAUUUAUUAAAACAUCAAUUGAGAAAAUAUGUUAGUGCUGUUCAGUUAAUGAAACAAGAUGAAAAUGAAAGCGAGGAAGCUAAAUUAUAUCAACAAAAACUGAUUCAAGUUGCUGAAAUGCACAGUGAAUUGAUUGAAUUAAAUGGCCGUUUAAACAAUCAAAUUAUAGCAAAAGAUCAGUGCAUUACUAAACUAAGAACUGAAUUGGUAUCGUUGAGAGGACCAUUGCCUUCAGACGAAAUACCGCACACAAAUAUACACUUAUGGGUUCCAUCUGCAUUUUUAGUUGGACGAAUUAAUGACCCACAUCAUGUAUACCAGAUCCAUGUACGCAUUCUAAAUGAAGAAUGGAAUGUUUACCGGAGAUAUUCACAGUUUACAGAAUUUCACAAACAACUAAAAAGACAAUACAAUGUAGUGUCAACAAUUUCAUUGCCACCUAAAAAAACUAUUGGAAAUAAGGGUGCCAAUUUUGUCGAAGAACGGCGUAAAAAACUACAAGUUUAUCUAAGACAGAUAAUGAAUUUUUUGAUCACAAUAAACCGAAUAUUGGCCAAUUCCCCUAAAUAUAAUUUGGUUAAUCUUGUACCAUUUUUCAGUGAACAAUAUAACCAAAGUUAUAGUGGAAAACUGUCAUGGUUAAAUUUAAGUUGUCUAAUGGCUCAAAAUUCUGUAGUAGAUUUAAAUAGUUCUAGUUCUCAUCAUCAGUAUACUGGCUUAUGACAUAAAUUUUUUAAAUUAUUUAUUUUUAUAUAAUAUUAUCUAUUAUAGCAAUAAUUUUAUAAUAUAUUUAUUAAAAUGUUAAACGUCUGUGAUUUAUAACAAAAUAUUUUAUCUAAUAAAUCUUAUAUAUUAUAUAACCAAUAAAA